UUUUGACUUUUCGAAACUAUAAUCACAGAAACAAAAUACAUGGGAUUUUUGUUUUUGUUUUCUUGGUACUAUCGCGUACCUUGCACCUAGGGGCCACCUGAAUGAUUGACUCAAUAAACAUUUACAUAAAUAAUUUUAAAUUUAGAUAAACGAAAUUCAAAAUCUUGAAAAGUUUUUAAUAACAAAUUAGAUGAAACGGUCCUUGAACUUUGAAAUUAAAGUGGUAAAAAAUUGGUUAAGAAAAGUUUUUUUUACUUAAAAUGGAAAGAAGGCAGAAGGCUAGAUCAGUCGAACUCAUCGAGGUCAUCUUACGGGCAGUCCAGAAAAUGAGCUGUUUCGACGAAUUCGGGUUACAUGCUGGACAUACGUUGGGUAUGUCUGCGUCUACACUGGAUAGGCAAGAGUUCAACCUGCAACAUAUCCAGAGCACCGACAUAAACGCGUUUGCCUUGAAUCAGAAGAAGCAGCAGAAGACCAAAAGCAAAUAUUAACAAAUAAGUUUAGCAGACAAGGAGAUCUAAACUAUAUCCAUUGUUCCCCGCUGAAAAUAUCAACAAGUGUAGCAGUUAAAAACAUUAAAGUUUGUGCAAAUAAAAUGUGUAAAAACGCUUUUGUGAUCGCUUUGUGCAUAAUUGCUACCUGCCACUUUACAAGCAUAAAUGCGGGUCGCACUGCAGGACGCCGUGGCUAUUAUGGUGGCUAUCAACCAACGCCAGCACCACAAGUAACUGAACCACCACAAACGCCCAAAGAAUAUUUGGACAGAAAGUCGGGCUUUUCAACUUUUGGUAUAAUCACGAUAAUCUUUUUUAUAAUUUUGGCUUGCCUAAUAUUUUACUAUGGCAUUAUGUGUUAUCCACUUUUGUGUCGUGAUGAGAAAAAAUAUCGCUUCAUGGAUGUUUCGUCUACAAUUACCUCAGCUACAUCACGUUCAAUUCAAUCGAUAGAAAAUUUUCCAGUAGAUCAAAAGCACUGAGAGGAGAAAAACAUUGCGGGAGGUCAUUUAUUGUGUGUGUUUUGUGUAAGACGCUUAUUGAAAGUGUUUUGAAAAAUUUUAGGCAACUUGAAAGACUACAAAAAUAUUUUUUCUACUUUUCUAUUUAGCAUAUAGUUAAAACUAGCAUUAAUUUUUAAAGCAAAAUUUAUGGUUAAGGAUUGAGAAUAAGAUUUUAUUAUUUUAAUGCUUCCUAUAAAACUCGCGCAGCUACUAUUAGGUUAGUGGCAGCUUAUGCGUCAUCAACUUUGAAUUUAUACUCUACUUAUGCAAAAAAAAAUAUUUAUAUAUGUGCCAAUAUUCAACACAUACUUUUUUUUAUUCUUUUUACGUGAAAUUUAAAUGAAAUUUUUUGUGGCCCAGCAAGAUCUACAAACAACACAACACAUUCUGUUGAAAUUAUCUUGAUAGAUUUUUAAAUAAUUAGGUAUACGUUUCGUUUUUAUUUUUAUAUAAUUUUUGCCAAAAACAAUAGUCGAAUCUUGCCUUUGCAUGCAAUUGAUGCUAAAAACACGUAUAAGUACUUACUUAAAUAUACCUAAAGCUAAUAUUAGACAUAUUUAAAUAAUUUAGUGACACUCCAGGUUGUGUUAAAGGAACAAACGUAUUUAAAUUCAUAAACAAAACGUUGAAUCAGUAUAUAUCUUAAAGUCCAUUUUGAAAUACAUACAUUUUAUUAUAACAUUUCACAUAGUUUUAAGCCACCUCCAAUACUUCCAACAUAAAUAAGUAAAUCCACUCGAAUAUAAUAUGAGGAAUGUAGAUAAAAAGAGAAGAAUCUUCACAAAAGCAUUAAUGGCGUUAAUUUAAUUUCGUAUCAGCACAGAAAUUCCAUAAUUUUUUGUAAUUAAUUAAAUACUGCCAAUAUAAAAUAUUUAACGUAGAGAAUAUUGAACAAAUAGCAUUUACCAAUAAAUAUACACAAUAUGCACUCU